AUGGCAACAUCUAAACCUCCCAUCUUUCUCAAAUUCCGCUCCUCAACCGGCUUCGUACUAACCACAGUCGCACUCGCCCUCUUCACCGAUCUCUGGCUCUACGGCAUCGUCGUCCCGAUCCUCCCAUUCAUCCUCAGCGACCGCCUCAAUGUCCCACACGAUCAGAUACAAUCGUACACGUCCAUCCUCCUCGGCACGUAUGCUGGUGCUACCGUCCUCUUGUCCCCAAUUGCCGGGGUUAUCGCGGAUCGCCUGCCUGCGAGACAGAUUCCUUUUACCGGUGGAUUACUGGCGCUCGUAGCUAGCACGACAUUGCUGUGUUUUGGACAGACGAUUGGGGUUUUGAUAUUGGCGCGCAUUUUGCAGGGUGCGAGCGCGGCUGUGGUGUGGACGGUUGGUAUGGCACUCGUGAAGGAUACAGUUGGCGGGGAGAAUUUGGGGACGGCGAUUGGGAGUAUGUUUAGUGUGGUUAGUGUUGGGGAACUGCUUGCGCCUGUGCUGGGAGGGAUUGUAUAUGGGAAAGCUGGAAACAAUGCGGUUUUUGGAAUGGGCUUUGGAUUGUUGGGUUUGGAUAUUUUGAUGCGGUUUGCUAUGGUUGAGAAGAAGGUUGCGAAGAGAUAUGGAAGGGAAUAUGCUGAGGAUUCCGGAACGGACGAGGAAUCAGCUUCAAACGACGAGCAAUCAGACGAGAACACACGACUCCUCGCGAAACCUUCAGAUGAAGAAGAAGAGAACUUGAGAAAUUACGUCCUCCCACCCAAACUCCCCCGCUGGGCUCCAAACGGAUUCAUCUACAUCCUCCUCACCUCCCCCCGCCUCCUAACAGCCCAACUCGUCUCCAUCGCCCAAGCAACCGUCAUCGCCCUCUUCGAUGCCACCAUCCCCCUCCUCGUGCAAGACCUCUUCAACUUCACCCCCCUCUCCGCGGGCCUCAUCUUCAUCCCGCUCGUCCUCCCCUGUCUCAUCUUCGGCCCUCUCGCCGGCAAAGGCGUCGACAGAUACGGCGUCAAGAUCUUCGGCACGCUAGGCUUCCUCUACCUCGCCAUCCCCAUCUUCCUACUCCGCACCGUUCGCGCAGGCGGGACUCCCGAGGUCGUCAAACUCGCCGCCCUGCUGGCCGUCUGCGCGCCUGGCAUUUCGUCUGUCAGCACGCCUAGCAUCGUCGAGGCUAGCGAGGUGUUUGGGAAGUACCACGCUGCGAAUCCGGAGCUUUUCGGGCCCGAAGGACCGUAUGCGAAGAUGUUUGCGGUGAACUCGAUGAUGUUUAGUGCCGGGUUGGCGAUUGGGCCGGCGAUGGCGGGGCUGCUGAAGGAGAGGAUGGGGUAUGGCGGGUUGAAUGCUGUUGUUGCGGGGAUGUGUGUGGCGGUUGCGGGCGUGUGUUUUGGGUAUCUUGGGGGGAGACCUAGGAAACUGACAGGGUGGUGGCGGUGA